AUGUGAAAGCAAGACGUGCGUGUCACACGCAGGCGCCGCUUGCAUGUGCAGCCAAUCGGUUCCUCAUGACGCCACCGAGGCUGGACUCCUCCGCGGGGUUCCGGUCGCGUUUUUGCACACAUCCACGGAGGAUGCACACUUGGAAGGGAGACAAGGCAGCGGGAGGACCUCCAACGCUGGCGGGGAUGCUUCUGCUCGCACCUGUCGGCCGCUCGACGUCUCGCUGAAUUCAGCGAAACUCAGCAUUCCGUGCGGAUUGGCUCUCACUUACUCGGAACAUCACCCUCCUUUUUUUAUUUUUCACGGGAUUAUUUUGUUUCGUGGACUGUAUCUAUGUUUGUAUGAUGGCACAUUAAGACUUUACUCGUGCCGGAGAUUAAGAUCACAGAUGUGGCCGCGCGGGCGUCAUGAUGUCUCGGAUCAUUCGCCCCAACUACUUGGACUGCUCUAUAUCGAAAAACACGAUGGACUUUUCUUUUUAACCCGAGCAAGGAACGCCAGUGGCAGGUGCGCGUGAAGCUUGACUUGCGUGGAGUGGAGCCAAGCAACAAAAGAUGAUCAUGUUUCGUAAAUUCCGAGUCUUGCUGCUCACCGUGUUCCUCGUGGCGUGCACGGUGCACAUUAUGAUCGACUUGCUGCCCAAACUGGAGAAGACGUCGGGAGCGGACGGCGGCGGCGACGGCGGCUGCCAGUGCACCCACCACGGCGGCGCCGAGUCGCCGAGCUGGGCCAAGCAGGAGCAGCUGCAGCAGCAGCAGCAGCAGCAGCAGCAGCGUGUCGGGUCAGCGGCCGGCGCCUGGCCCGACAAGCACGCGCUGCGAAUCCUGCAGGAUUUCAGCAGCGAGCCCAACUCCAACCACAGCACCUUGCAGUCCCGGGAGAAGAGCGCAGGGGCCGACCGGCGAAAGGCGAACGAGCACAAGCCGCUCAUCGGCGCGGCGGGCGAGGCGAGCGGGGGUCGGACGGCGACACGACCCAGAGCCGGCCCUGGUCGUGGUGCCAGUGCAUCGCGACUCGCGGCGCUCUUUGAGCAUCCUUUGUACAAAAUCGCACCUCCGCCUCUCACGGAGCAGGACACUUUGUUUAACGUCAACACGGAUAUCAGAUUUUAUCCCAAAGCCACUGAGGAACAAGGAUGGCACGGCGAGGACGGCAACACGCGCGACGAGGUGAGCGCCCGUGAGGUGGAGGUGACGUCCGAGUUGUAUCCCAACUGGCUGCGCUUCCACGUGGGCAUCAACCGCUAUGAGCUGUACGCCCGACACAACCCAGUUCUGGAGGCUCUGCUGCAGGACCUGCUGACCCAGAAGAUCACCAGUGUGGCUAUGAAAUCCGGAGGCACCCAGCUCAAACUGAUCAUGACCUUCCACAACUACGGCCAAGCUCUCUUCAAGCCCAUGAAGGCUUGUUGUUUUGGUGCCAUGCCGCGCGUGGCUGUCCCGCAAGCGUUCGGAGAACUUGUGUGGUGUGUCCACAAUGGCCCGGCAGCAAAGCCGGAUGAUAAAUUGGGAGGAAUUGCGCAAUAUGGUUUGCCGUUCUUCGACCGCAGCUACUUUGUGAAGAAUCUUGAGAUUGGAUUGCUGCAGACACGUGAGCAGCAAACCCCUCCGGACUUCUUUUACUUCUCUGACUUUGAGAGGCACAACGCCGAGGUGGCCGCCUUCCACUUGGACAGAAUCCUGGACUUCCGGAGAGUCCCCCCAGUGGCCGGGCGUCUGGUCAACAUGACACGAGAGAUCCGAGACGUCACCCGGGACAAAAAGCUUUGGAAGACUUUCUUCAUCUCGCCAGCCAACAACGUGUGCUUCUACGGCGAGUGCUCGUACUACUGCUCGACGGAGCAUGCGCUGUGUGGCAAACCGGAUGAGAUGGAAGGCUCCCUGGCCGCCUUCCUGCCCGACCUCAGCCUGGCCAAGCGUAAGACCUGGCGGAACCCCUGGCGACGCUCGUACCACAAACGCAAGAAGGCCGAGUGGGAGGUGGAUCCCGAUUACUGUGACGAGGUGAAGCAGACGCCUCCAUACGACCGCGGCACUCGACUCCUGGAUGUCAUGGACAUGACCAUCUUUGACUUCCUGAUGGGUAACAUGGAUCGCCAUCAUUACGAAACCUUUGAGAAGUUUGGAAACGACACUUUCAUUAUUCACCUGGACAAUGGAAGAGGGUUUGGGAAGCACUACCAUGAUGAGAUGUCCAUUCUGGUCCCUCUCAGUCAAUGCUGCAGGGUGAAGAAGUCCACCUUCCUCCGUCUCCAGCUGCUGGCCAAGGAAGAGUACCGGCUGAGCGCAGUGAUGGAGGAGUCCCUCCUCCGAGACCGCCUGUCCCCGCUCCUCAUCCGGCCUCAUCUGGAGGCCCUCGACCGUCGGCUGGGCCUGGUGCUGCAGGCGCUGGCCAACUGCGUGGAAAAGGAAGGCUACGGCAAUGUGGUCGAGGAAGACGUGGACGUCCGGUCGGGCGCGCACGCCGCUCACAGGUAGUGAGGGCCACCGGCGCCAGAUGCGGGACCAAUUACACUUUUCGUAGCAGGCUGAAUUCAGUGAAUUCCUCGAUGGCUCUGUUGUUCGUGCAAGAGACGGAGCUUACGGAUACGCCAACAGACUUGACAAACAUUUGGUUUGAUCACGCCCGAGAUCCCUCGGCCCGUGUCUGUUAUGUUUUACAAUCGAGAUUUUGGAGACGAUCACCAAUCGACGAAUUUGGAAAACAAAACACAAUAACCGAUUGCCAUUCCGAUCACAAGAAGGAUCAAUCUAUUUAAACUGCUUGUUUAUUUACCUGUUGUCCAUCACCACUAUUCGCAGGAGGUCGGCCCCACCCACAAGUAGCCAAAUAUGUGUAUAAUUAACACGUAAGGGGAAAAAAGACAUUUGAGAAAGAUUCAAGUGUAUAUGCUGACAACGAUGGUGGCCCAGAAAGUCUCGAGUGAACAAGAUUGUAUUUGCUGUCUGAUUUUGCAGGAUUACCAUGAAAUGUAACAUUGAUUCACCUUCAACCACUUGUGCAGUAAGAAUUCCAAUUAUUUUUUUUAAUUUGCACUUCAAAUCCGAUUUUCACAUGCAAAACUGAGACUUCCUCAUGAAAUUAUUUGAUACCAAAAAAAGUUGCAGUUUGUGUGCCAGUUACGUGACGAGUGCAAAGGAAUAUUUCUUGGUGAGGUCAUCGCUUAGCCGUGUUAGCGUCAUAAUGCUAAGAGGGUGAUGAUAACGGGGGGGGCUGCGCUUUUGAGGGUUUAAUCCACAACACCCCCAUUGUAUAUACAAAAAUUUACUUUGUUGCGCUAACAAGCAUCGCUGCGCAGUCAUUGGCUUGUUUUCUGCAAUUGCAUUGUUACUGUGACGAUCUGUUUACUCAAGUGUGCAAUCCAAAUAAAAAAGAGAAACCA